AUGGAUUUUUGUAAGAACUUGUGGGUGCUUGACAUGAACAACACGAACUGGGAAUUGGAUUUAACACCAGAGAUUAUAGAGCAGAUGGCCGCAAACAUUAGGGAGGUACAUAUAAAGAAGGGAAGGUUUUGGCAUAUCAAUUUUGCAUGGAGACAACUACAAAACCUUCACAAGCUUCGAUUAAUUGAGCCUACAUGUCCUUGGGAGACUGGGGAAAAGGAUGAAUUCACAAAUAUGGUGAAGUUGGAGUUCCUCGACCUGUCUGGGAAUAGUAUAAUGCAAGUCAUGCCGAGUUUAUCAGGAGCAACAAUCCUUAAGACUCUCGUUCUAGAUGGUUGUGUUGGGUUGGUUCAUGUUGGCCCCGAAGGACUACCUCCAUUACUUGAAACAUUCAGCUUAGAUGCGGGACCAAUAGUUGAUCAAAGUAAGGGAGCUAAAAUCUCUCGUAUCUGUUUGGCUAGUUGUGCAAGAUUGGUGGAGUUCAGGUUGUGUGGAGCCCUUCUAAAUCUUGAGGAGAUAGAUCUAUCUGGCACAAUGGUCAAAACACUUGUGCUCAAAGAUGAUGUGGUCCUGGCCCCAAGUCUCCAAAAAAUCAUUCUAUUGGGAUGUUUGCAGCUCCAUGCCAUUCUAUGGCCAAAAAAUGGUUUGUCAAAACUCAAUGUGUUACAAAUUCAGUCUUUGGUGUGCUAUGUCCGAAUAGAGCUUCAACAAACAUACGCUACUGUAAUGGACAAAAGGUUUCUUCAAUCCUUGGUAUUAGAACAUAUCAAUGAGUUUGUUUGGAAGAGUAAUAGGUUCCAUUUAACCCUAUGUGUCUCUAAUACCGCUAGAGUUGAAGAAGAAAGUUAUAAGAAGGAGAAGACUGGCCCUGGCAGCAGCAGGCAAAUAUGUCCGCCUCGACCCAUAUCAUUAAUCCCCAGUACAUAUAGCACCUACAUUGAAGUUGAUAUUGAUAACAUAGCUAUUUAUCAUCACCUCAACAAAAGUGCACCUCAGUUUCAGCCAUUGGGCUACCAUGUGCAGAUUGGUGAGGGAAUUAGCAGCACUAGAUUGGAGACCCUGCAAGGAAUGAAGACUAUCAUCUUUGUGAUGAGAAUGGCAGAGUCGAUGCAUGUUCACGACAAUUCUUUCAUCACCACCACCGUCCCUGAAGACAUACUCACCAUGGAAGAGACGGAGCUUUAUUGGAGAUAUUUGAAACAGUGUCAUGUUGCGAGAUGCCCGAAGAUGCAGACAGUCUUCAUCACUAACUAUAGUAAUUAUUGCUUUGAUAAAAUUGAGACCUUUCGGGCUGAUGAUCUACUGAUGGUACAAUGCAUUUGGACCAAUGGAAAGAUAAGUAGUGCUAGAGACACUCUUUCAUUCACGAAAUUGAAGAGUAUACAUCUAUACUCCUGCCCGAGGCUCAGAUUUGCUCUUCCAUUAUCGUGGAAUGCUCCAGGUUCAUAUUUUCCCAACUUAGAGACCCUCCACAUCGUCAAUUGUGGUGAUAUGAAGGGUGUUUUCCCUGUGGAGCCCAUGUUUCUUACAAAAAUAGCAACCGACCAGAGAAAAGGAGUAUUGGAAUUCCCAAAGUUGAGGCACAUCUACAUGCAUGAGCUGUAUAUGCUCCAACAUAUAUGUGAAGCCAAUAUUUUUGCUCCUAAACUUGAAACCGUCAGGCUCAGGGGCUGUUGGGGUCUCAGGCGCCUCCCAUCUGUCGCCCAAGAUAGCCGGCCCGUCGUGGACUGCGAGAAGAAUUGGUGGGAGAAGCUGGAGUGGGACGGACUGGAGGCCGGCCACGACCCUUCCCUCUUCAAGCCGCACCACUCUUCACACUACAAGAAGCCCCUACCUAGAGUCUCGGUGCUCAGGUGAACCGGCGCCACUAUCCAGGUUUGGUGCUGCGAAGAAAGAUCGAUAACGGCCGCGACGUAUGUCCUAUACGAUGUGGUUCAAGUUAUUAGUGUUUGCUUGCCAAGAUUUCUGGUCGUGCGUUUUAUGAAGAAUAAAUUGGUGCUAUCUAGCUCUUUCCUGUGAGAGUGAGGCGACGUAUCGUCUGAGUGUGGUUCGUGGUUAUGGUUGUGCUUGCAUUAAGAAGGGCUUGUGUGCCCUUGUAACGUGCCUACGCCUUAAUUUAUGUGUUGAGGAUACUGCUUGCCAUAUACUAUGUAUGUAAGAAAAUCAUUUAACUUGUGUGCGAUUUGAU